AUGCCAGCCAAGCGCAAAGCCCCCUCCGGCGCCGGCGCCGGCGCAUCCAAACCCGCGCCCAAGAAGCGACAGUCCAAACUGGCCAAGGAGAACAAUAUCACGGCCGAGGAGGAGGCGGAGAUCAAGGAGGCCUUCAGCCUUUUCUCGGAGCCCAUGGAGGGUGAGAAGGAAGGCGUUAUUCCCAUAGAUGAUGUGCGGCGCGCCAUGAUAGCGCUCGACAUCCCACCAAAAGACGCCGCCGAGCAGGCCGAGUUCGUGUCGAUCCUGGACCCGGACGACGAAGGGUUCGCGCAGUACCCGUCCUUUGUGGCCAUCUGCGCGCUCAAGAUGCACGCGCGGCACCGGACGUCGGACGCGCACGUGCAGCAGGUCGACGACGCCUUUGCGCUCUUCACGACCAGGCGCAACGACGACGACGACAGCAACCUCAGCCACCUCGGGACGAGCGAGUCGGUCAUCACCAUGGCGCACCUCCGGCGCGUCGCGUCCAUGCUCAACGACGACGAGGUCGACGACGACCUGCUCAGGGACAUGAUACUCGAGGCCAACGGCGGCGCCGGCGUCGGGAAAGGCGUCAACAGGCAAGAGUUUGAGGCCGUCAUGCGUCGCGCUGGCGUGUGGAGGUGA